AUAUCUACAUUUCAAUUGCAGAUAUCCGUAAUUCACAUAGUGGAUAUCUGCAACUGAAUUGUAGAUAUCCGUAAUGAUAAACCCCAUAGAAAUGAAUGGCAAAUGUGGUGUCAUUUGUCCUAGGAAGAAUGUCUUUGUGGAUAUCUGAAAUGACAAUUAUGGAUAGGAAUAAUUUAAUUGCGGAUAUCUGAAAUGUUCGUUUUGACUACUAGGCAAAACUGAAUUACAGAUAUCUGCAAUAGGCUACAUAUCCAGUCUAUCGGGUAAAUGUUAAAAUGGCUUGCCAUACACAUGCCAGUCCAUAAUAUAACAUAAAAUCUUGGUGUGACCAUAGGAUUUUUGUUUUGCCAUAAUGAGACUUAAUCAGGAACGUUCUCGUUUUGAUAUCGUGUUUUGUGCAUGCACUCCUUUUCAUUUUAUUACGGUAAAUGGAAGCAGAAGUUGAUUGGUUUUUACAUUGAAUGAACUUCCUGGUCCCUAGGACAGGGUUUCUGACACGUUUUCCAGGGAAGAAAGGCUUCGCUAAAGCAGUGUUGUAGUGUUGUUCAUGAUCGUAACAAAGAAGAAACCUCGUGAUAGUCGGCGGAACGAAUUCCUGUCAAUUCGCUUUAGUAACGUUAGUGUAAACAGCAGCGCGCACAGCAGUCUUCUCUGGGUUGUAGUUUUCGCUGCAAACGCCACGUCUACUCGGACAUAGCCUAUCCUUAACGUUACCCACUGUAAGCUAAGUAUGGCAGCAGCAAAGAAACGGCCUUUUCUUGGAGGUGAAGAUAUGGAUGGCAAAAAAGUGAAAGGUGACCUUCGUGGAGGCAAACCACACAUUGCAGCACUAAUUCUUGCGAGAGGAGGCAGCAAAGGAAUACCGCUAAAAAACAUCAAAAUGCUCGCCGGCGUCCCACUCAUUGGUUGGGUUCUUCGAGCUGCAGUUGAUUCGGAAUUGUUUGGCAGCAUUUGGGUUUCCACUGACCAUGAAAAAAUUGAGAAAGUGGCGAGGGCAUGGGGAGCCCAGGUACAUCGCAGGAGUCCUGAGGUGUCCAGAGACUCAUCCAGCUCUUUGGAGACCAUUCAGGAGUUCGUUAGACUCAACCCAGGAGUCGACAUCAUCUGCAACAUCCAGGCUACAUCUCCUUGUCUGCAUCCUCAUCAUCUGAAGCAGGCACUGGCUAAGAUUACAGAGGAGGGAUUCGAGUCUGUCUUUUCUGUUGUCCGGCGACAUCACUUUCGCUGGAAAGAGGUCAAAAAAGGAGUCCCGUAUUUUACAGAAGGCAGUAGUACAGUAGCGCUGAACCUGAACCCCAACAGACGGCUGCGAAGGCAAGACUGGGAUGGGGAGCUGUGUGAGAACGGCUCAUUUUACAUCACCUCCAGGGACCUAAUCGAGAAAGGCAUCCUACAGGGUGGUAAGGUUGCCUACUUUGAGAUGGGUGCAGAAUACAGUGUGGACAUUGAUGUUGACAUCGACUGGCCCGUGGCAGAGCAGCGAGUCCUCAGGUAUGGAUACUUUGGCAAGGACAAGCCUGAGGUAGUCCGGCUGCUGCUGUGUAACCUGUCCGGCUGCCUGACUGAUGGCCAGAUCUACGUGUCUGCAGAGGGCCUGGAGAUGGUGUCUCUCAAUACCAGAGACAGCAUGGGCAUUUGCAUGCUGCAAAAGGAAGGGGUGGAGGUAAUCAUCAUCUCUUCCAUUGAUAACCCAAUACCUAAGGUCAUGGUGGAGAAACUGUCCAAACAGAUCGGCUGUGAGAUCAGGCACAACGUGGAGGACAAGCUGUCGGAGGUGGACAAACUAAGGAAGGAGCGUGAAUUGGUGUGGAAGGAAGUUGCCUAUAUGGGGAACGACGAGCCUGACGUGCAGUGUCUGAACCUGUCAGGCCUGAGUGCAGUACCACAGGAUGCCACAUUGGUGUCGCGCAACGCCGCCAAGUACGCCUGCCACAGUGCAGCCGGGCGUGGAGCGCUCCGUGAGUUCGCCGAGCACAUCCUCCUGCUCAAGAAGAAGGCGAAAUCUCAGAUGGAACAAGACCGUAUUCCCCGGGACUAGAGAACCGUAUUCUACAGAAUGUCAAACACAAACGCUGUUUUGAAGUGCAGAGAAGAGGUUUCAAAUUCAGAAAGAUAAUACGUAGUUAAAGUCCAGAGAGAUGAUUUUGUUUCAUUUUCUAUGGAUUUAAAAAAAAAAAAAAAAACUUUUUUCAUGAAGGUUUUGUGGGGAUGCCUGUUAAUUUAAAAAGCAUGUUUAUGAACUAUGAAAGUGUUUCUGUUUACCCAAAGAUAUAAUGGUUUGUCUGUUUGUCUUAGCUCUUUGGGAUUCAGAAUGUAAUUGUGCAAUAAUAAGCAUCACUGCUGUUCUACAUCCUCUACUCAUUUGUACCUUGUGUCAUGAUUUCUGUUUCUCACUAUAAUUUGAAUCAGCGAGAUGGGCCCAGAGUUUCUAAGUGCAGUGUUACUCAGCCUUCCACCAAAUGGCCAGAGGUGAAUACUACAAAGCAAGGUUUGUAGUAAGGCAAGCAACUUCAUGAGUAACCGCUGAUCUCCAAACAACAUGCUUUUUUACAAACAAUAGGUGCUUAGUGCAGUGUUCUUUUAGAGAUCAACGGUUAUUCCCAAAGUUACCCGGGAUAACCCGUUUCCUUGCUGAAUAGUGCAACCUUCAGUUACUGGGUCAUACUUGUCUUGCCUGGCUUUCUGUGAGCAUGGCUUGAUAAGAAAGCUAAUAGUAAAAUGAUCACUAAAAGUCAGUCCAACAAUCUAUGGGGGGGAUGCAACAGCAGCCAAAUGGCAGAGGGACAUAGGUCUACAUCACUGACACCUUAGACUUGGUUGAUAAACCAAACUAAACUGCCCUUUAUUAACUGAUUUUUUUAUUGGGCUUACAGUGUCACUUGAAUCAUGCAUGCACAAAUCAAUGUGAAGAAUGUCUGAAUGUCAAUCAUUAUUUUUUGUUACCACUUCAUCUGUGAAACGAUGCCAGAUGUAUUGGCUGAUGCACUGUCUUUAAAAAGUUGUCAUAGAACAGUGUUGAUUUUAGUUGAGUGGAUGGAUGUACUGAAUUUGAGGCUGUAGGGUCAACACAAAAACACACAGAAGAUGAUUAUGAUUGGUCAUGUUGGAUCAUGUGGAGUUUGUAGAAAAUAUUUAUGGGAAAAAUGGGCAAUCUAUAUAUUAAUAAUGUCUGUUCAAUAAACAUGUAUUUCUUUGAAUUUGA